GCAAAAAGGCUGACACUUUCUGCUGCGCAAAGUAAAGACAGAGACGCGUUGAAGGGAUGGUGCGCCCGUUUGUCUCAUGUUUCAGAGAUCCAGUGGAUUUAUAGGCUUUCUGGAUGGAUAGGGAUCCACUCUUUCAUCGCAGACGGGACUGGACUUGGGGCUGAGCGGCUGAUGAGAAGAAACCCACUUUAAACACUCUGCCGUCCGUUUUUUUUUUCCCCUCUUCUCUUUUCCCCCUCUCUCUUCCUCAUACAAUGCCAGGAUUUCGCCCAUCAUACACUGUCCAAUUCAAGCCAGGCUGCUCAUUUGGAAGGACGCCAGACCUCCAGCCUCUCAAAUCUGCAAGUUCAGUCCAAUAAAUUGUGACAUUGUCUGUCAGUCUUGGAAUAAGAAAUCGAUACUCAAGAAAGGGGACGCGAUAUUCUUCCGGAAUUUUAACGAUCUAUUACCCCGCUAUCCUUAUAAAUAUGCGAUUUGGUUGGAUUAGGGUGGUUUGUUCCAGCUUCAGGCUUUUUCAGCUGGAGCGGCGCUGAUAGUGACUGAUUAUUGCUGUUGAUUUUGUCCAUGCAAGACUCGGGGUGGAAACAUGUCUGGCCACUUCUUUGAGAGGAUCACUGCUAUCAGAGAUGGCAUUUUGGUCCAGCACUUCAGUUUUCACCUCUAAAGUGCCCCGGAAAAUCUUAUUCAUGUUCACCCUCUCCCUCUCUGUCACCUACUUGUUCUACAGCUUGAUGAGCUGCUACAACUCGCUGCAGUUCCCGCUGCAAGAGAACUAUGUGUAUCAGGGCAGGCUGGUGACGGAGGAGACAACUUUUGUCACGCUGAGGGAGAAACUUUACUCCGCUUCGCAGGGCUUUACCGAAUUCACCGAGGCCGAGAGGACCACCGCGGUCACCGUGUUGCGGGAGCAUGCCGCCGAGGCCGAGCAGAGGACGGUGGAGUGGAUUAGGACGCAGGCGUCUCCGACCAGACCCGCGGCGGCCGCGGCGGCGGGAGCCGGAGCCGGAGCGGCGGCGGCGGCGGCGGCGGGGCUCCACGCCAGCGGGCUGGAGAGGGAGCGCCAGGAGUUCAGCACCACGGACAGCGAACUCAGGGUGAACUGCACCUCGGAUUACGGAGAGAAGAAACUUCCGCAAGCCAUCAUCAUCGGGGUGAAGAAAGGGGGCACCAGGGCGCUGCUGGAGGCUCUCAGGGUGCAUCCGGACGUCAGAGCCGUUGGAAAUGAGCCACAUUUCUUUGAUAGGAACUACGAGAAGGGGCUGGACUGGUACAGAGACCUGAUGCCUUCGACGCUGGAGGGGCAGAUCACCAUGGAGAAGACACCCAGCUACUUUGUGACUAACCAUGCCCCAAAGCGCAUCCACUCCAUGGCCAGGGACAUCAAGCUUAUUAUAGUGGUGCGUAAUCCUGUCACCAGAGCCAUUUCGGACUACACACAGACUUUGUCCAAGAAGCCGGAGAUCCCCACCUUUGAGGUUCUCGCUUUCAAGAACCGGACGCUGGGGCUUAUAGACGCCUCGUGGAGCGCGCUGCGCAUAGGAAUAUACGCUCUUCACCUGGAGAGCUGGAUGCAGUACUUCCCUCUCUCCCAAAUGCACUUUGUCAGCGGGGAGAGGCUCAUCGUGGACCCGGCGGGCGAGAUGGCCAAAGUGCAGGACUUCUUGGGACUGAAGAGGAUUGUCACAGACAAACAUUUUUACUUCAAUAAGACUAAGGGAUUUCCCUGUCUGAAGAAGCCAGAGGACAGCAGCACCCCCAGGUGCCUCGGCAAGUCCAAAGGGAGAACUCACCCUAAAAUUGACCCGGACGUGAUUCGGCGGCUGCACAAGUUCUACAAGCCCUUUAACAUGAUGUUCUACCAAAUGACUGGCCAGAACUUUGAAUGGGAGCUGGAGGAGGACAGCGAAACCCGCAGCUCUCAGGACUAGCAUGGCACGGCUCAGCCACACCACCAGCCUUUCUUCACUACAGACUCCCGUUGUCUCGCUUCAUCUUCAGAGAGAGUGCUCAAGCACGCCAAUCAAUCAUGGCUGUCUUUGCAGUGUCUGUAUCCAUUAGCAAGAGUUUACUGACAUGCUUUUUCUUGACGAUGGCAUAUCAUUAUUGUACAUACUAAACAUAAAAUAUAUUUAUAUUUGUGUAAAGGAGAUGAUUUAUUCCUUUUGUUUCUGAAAGCAUAGAACUGACAUAAAAGAAGAAUAUCAUGUUGACUAUGGCAAUGCAUGCGAUGAGUUAAGUGUCCUUACCUCAUGAGCCCCAAGGCUAGACUCUGCCUGUUUCUUCUCCCUUUACUUUCCUGCAGUUUGUUGCCCUCACGCCCACUCACCAGCAUUCGGUACAAAAAGAUAUUCUAUUUCAAUGGCUAAGGCCAUGAAGUGCUCUGUAUUCUUUCUUUUAACACAGUCCUGCUGCUUCAGAAGAGACAGAAGAGAGAGAAGUGAUAGACAUAUACUACUAUAAUCCUUUGACAUGUGUUCAUCCUUUCAGUUGUCCGUAUUCGGAGUCGAGACAAUCCUUUUAAGUUUACCAAAGUGUUAAUUUACUCUGUGUCACUGUUCUGGUUGCUCUGCACUCAUUAAUCGCACACAUAUUCAAUAAGAGAGCUGAUGUACAGUGGCCAUCAUUCAAUAAUUGGAUUGUUUCACUGCACAGUUGAGCAUUAGCAUACUGAUGACCGUGCACUCCGGCGUGGUGCAGUAUCAGUGGUUUUAGUAUAAUUUUACAAAUGAACCCAUCUUCUCCCCGCGCAUCAAACACUCCUGCAUGCUGACAAAGAUCAUUCCCCGCUUUCCCCGGAAUAUCGGUU